UUAGUCGGGCAGUAGCGUUGUUGAGGACACUGAAAUGGACGUCUAGUGGAUUAAUGAAAUACGCCGUGAAUUUUGUUUAUAUCUUCGAUAAUCUACGUUAAAAACUUUUAUAAUCACUUUUAAAAGCAUUCUUACACCACAAAGAUGUAGUAACGUUAUAAAUCAGCUUCGGAAAGCGUUGUUUAAUCGUUUAUUUCCGUUCGCCUCGGUAUGAGUAGUUCACUAAAAGAAAAUUGAUUGUGCUCACAGUUUCAGAACUUUAUUUUACAAUUUACGCGUUUUUUGUUGUUUUAUUAAGUUUAUAUUGUGUGGAAAUAUAAUUAUUAUUGUUUUAUUGCAAGUUUUAAGUGUAAUAUAGUGGUUUAUCUAAGUGUUUUAUGUGUAAAUAGAGUAUUCAUGUAAAUGUGUAAUAUAAAAAUCAACUAUGGCACUUUGUGAAAGUCAACUGGACUCGGCUUUGCCGCAGCUGAAACGCGAAGACUCCCCGGGCAGCGAGACCAGUCAGAAUCAGACGCCCGAGAAAAAACCCAAGAUUGAGCACAAUGGCGAGAUAUAUGGGUUGAAUCAAGUGCCUGGUAGUCUACCUUUAGCCGUAGACUACCGCUCCCCCGUAUCACACUUCGUUCCUCCCGAGUUGUACGCGGCGAGGCAACGACAGGAGACCAUCGCUACGGGUGAGUUACAUCAUCAUCUCCCGAGCCUUUUCCCAACUAUGUUGGGAUCGGCUGCCUAUGUGGAAACAAGCGAGCCACCAACGCCCGUCAAAAGAAAGCGUGGAAGACCGAGAGUAGACAAGACCAGUCCCGAGUACCUAGCUAACCUAGCGGCUAGGAAACAGGCUAAGGAGAUGGCGGCAAUGAUGAAUAACCGGACUUCGGAAAGUGGGGAAAAACGUAAGCGUGGGCGACCACGCGUGGACAAAACCAGCCCAGAGUAUCUAGCUAGAAAACGGGCUAGGGAGUUAGAAGCGUUGGAGAGAAAAGCUAAGAGAGAAUAUAAGCGUCGUGGCGCCGGCGUGAAGGCAACAAAACCGACUCUCCAACUUUCAUCACGGGUCAAAAAACGACAACUACCAGCUAACAGUAAAAAGAUCGGUGUUGCCAUGCGCAAGUUACCCGCCAAAAUUGGUAAUUCUGUGCGCAAGGUUGGCGAUAGAAAAGUCAUUUUGAGACGAGCUGGCAAGUUUAUUAAGAGAAAAGAUUCGGCCGCGUCGUCAUCAGCCGGUGAAACUACGCCGAGGACUAAAAGAAAGUAUACUAAACGAACGCCCAGCGCUAAGAAGGAUGCUACGCCUUCUACGGAGCGCGUGAAGGGUAAGCGCGGCAGACCGCGCAAGGUGGACCAACUCGCCGCAGCUAAACAACAGCAACAACCUAAGAUUCGCGUAAGAAGUAACCUGAUGCCGGUGAAUUCAGAGCCCAUCACUCUCGACAGUGAUGAUGAACCGGAUCUCGGAUCACCAAGCCAGGCAUCAGAUUCUUUAAGUUUGGACGAAAAUCUUCGCGCUCUCAGACAUAUUCACGAGAAAUAUGCUAAUAUUGAUAAGGAUGACCUAUAUGACAGCCACCUGAUGGCUGUGAACUUCAAGAAACCCCUCGACUCCCAGCGAAGAGACGAUGACGAGGUGCUCUCCGUCAGGAGUUCAGAAGGCUGCGCUUCGGGUAAAGAGAUGGAGACGCGCGUCGAGAAACUGGAAGACAGCUCCAACUCUGACUCAGAUAGCAGUAGUUCUGGAUCCGAACGUCAAGCGCUACCUUCUCAAGGCGCGUCGGGAUCACGAAAUAACAGAAGCAGCAGUUCAAGCUCAGGCUCAUCAAGUUCUUCGAGUUCUGACUCUUCAAGUUCGUCUGACACGUCAGACAGCGAGUCAGACUCUGGCGAUGACAGACCCAAGACAGAAGUGCCGCCGCCGCCCGUCGCACACACGCCUAACGAUGAUGAAAGAUCAUUCGGCGCGUGGUCUUACAGUGGCCCGGCGUCGGACUCCGACUCGGACCCGGAACGUGCCGACGUCACAACCGACGCACCCCCCCUCUCGCACGACGAGAUCAGCGAGAGCGAGAACGAGUCCGCCGACAAGAGCUUCCAGUGCCACAUAUGCAGGAAGUGGUAUUCCACUCGAGUUACUCUCAAGAUCCAUCGCCGCGUGCAUCAGAACCGCGGCGGCGGCAACUCGCGAUCCCGAGCUCGUUCCUCCGACAGAUAUGAGUGCGAUUGCUGCAGUGAAACCUUCAACCGGCGGGAGAAGCUCUGGGAACACAAAGCGGAGGCACACCGCGGCGCCAUGACAGUCCGGUGUGAAGUGUGUCGCAAGUGCUUCGAGGACGACGCCGAGCUCGCCGCCCACUCACGCACACACACCGCCGACGAGCGAGCCGGUCGUUGCCGCCAAUGCGGUCUAACGUUCCCGCACUACGACCAGCUGCGGCGGCACCUGGCGUGUGCGCACGGGGCGCCGCCCCCGGGUGCCGCGCGCCUGCCGCACGCCUGCGCGCAGUGCGGCAAGCGCUUCUCGCACGCGCACUCCCUCACGCGCCACAUGCACAACCACGCCAAGCAGCUGUACCGCUGCGUCGUGUGCAAGGCAUCAUUCGCUCGCGCGGACCAGCUGGCGCAGCACCUGAACAGUCACCUCGCUAACUACAAGCGCCUGAAGCCGUGAGCGCUCACUCGCGCAACAUAUUAUUAUAUUAUAUUAAUAUAGAGUUUUAUUUA